AUGAUUGAAUCAAUGUGGACUGAAAAUAUAAGUCAAAUGAUAGUUAUCGAAAAUUCCGGAAAAAUUCAAAGUUUAUUGAUUGGUGGAUUUAUUGAUUGGCAUUAUAUGAUAAGUCUAGUAUUGAUUUUAUCCAUUUUUGCGUUAGAGCGAAUAUUCUCCUGUGUAUUUAUCAGGUAUUUUUUAUGAUUGCAAUUUUUGAGAGAAUCAAUCAAAGAGUCUUGUAGAGAUUACGAAAAAGUUGAGCGACUUUAUAUCAUUUUUUGUCUACUAAUGUUCUAUGAAUCUUUCAUAAUCAUAAUUUCCUAUCUAUUUUUCAAUAAUAUUAUUGGUUUUUGGGGAUCGAUGGUAAUUUGUGCUAUACCGAAUAUUUUCGCAAAAAUAGUAAGCACUUGAAAAAUUUAACAAAACAAUUUGAAGAGAAUUUCUAGGUCUUCGGGAUCACGAAUUGUUACAAUAAUCGAGUUUUACGAGAAUUUCCGAGAUCCGAUUCCUAUACAUUGUGCUCCAGAUUUCAAGCCAAAGAGAAUUUGAGAAUUAUGAAUGUAGGUUUUAAAAUUGAAUUCAGAAAUUGUUCUAAAAAUAUUUUAUGCUUCUCCAAUUCCAGCUAGUUUUCCGAGUGUUAAUAAUCGGCCUAAUUCUAAUUUUCAUCGAUCUAGCCCUUCUUAUGAUUAUGGUCUUCGGACUUCUCCCGGAUUACGCAAUUCCAAUCAACACUUUCAUCGAAUUUAUCAUACAUUUGUGAAUAAGUUCCGCCAAAAUUAUCUCUAAUUCAUAGAUAUUUUUUUCUAGAAAUCCUUUGCUAAUUUGUCCUAUGCUAAUCUAUAGUGUUGAUCAAUGGUUCGAUUUUUAUUUGGGAUUUUUAAUUAAAAAAUCGGAGAUAGCGAAAAGGAAGAGAAAAAAUACGAAAAUCGAAAAUUAUGAUAAUGAAAAGGAGCGCGAUUUGUAUUUUAGGCAAUUGGAAAUGUCGUGGAUGUGA